AUGAAUCAGCUGGCACGAAAAGAGCGUAUCCAUUGUGGGAGGGAGUACGGUGGCUACACAGUGUCCUCUAAGGUAGACUACAAUGCUGUCGAAAAGCUCUGUAAGGUGUGCAUUCAACAUUUACUGGCCCUGCAGCCGGUGAAGAUGAUGCAAGUUUCCCUUCACUUUCCUACUUGGAUUCAGGAGCUCUCGUAUUCCUUGUUUCUUUAUCCGUCUGUCUCGAUUGAAUAUUUUGAGAUAGUCACUCAACAAGCUCAGUUCUAUCCUAGCUUUGGAUGGGACGUUAGUAAUCCGAAUGCAUUGCGGCAUGUCGGAUGUGGCUUCGGGUGCAGCUCUAUGCGUUUACCUACAACAGUGCCCAAGAAGAUUUCAACGCAGUUACCAAGACCAGGGAACACUGCUACCACGGAUUUAGCUAUGGACUGCUUAUUUUCCAGGGACUUGGAGUCUGUUUCGAAAAAUCAUCCGACGCUGCUUUCCAGAAUAUUAAGGAACCAUUUCCUGCAGGGAGCCGAUACCGAUGAACCCGAGUCUGACACCGGGUACCUACAUCUCCCCUCAACUCGGCACAUGGUCACUUCACUUGCUGCACUGGAGAUCAUAGCAGCGGCCCGACCACAUGUAGCCCCGGAACCGACCUUUCGGGAUGUCGCGUGUCCUUCAAGGGACAUGUCAACGUCCAACUGUCCUCUCCUCCCUCCUACCAUAGACGGCACUAUCGGCUGAGGGCUCCGAAGGCAUCGUUGGUAUCAGUACCACAACCUCCUUUUGGUGGCCGCGUUCAUGUCGAAGUUAAUGGCUAUAUCCUUCGCUCGGAUGCUUUCCGACGGGUUCCGCUUCGGCACGGCCAAAUCAAGUCCAGAUACUCACGACU